AUUGCAACGAAUGCUUUAUGGUGAGGAAGUAACCUACCUUCUGUACUUACCACUAACCCAUCUUCCAGAGAUACGGCACGCAAAUCAACAACUAGGUUGUGACGAGUUUAUGAUGCGCGCGACAUUACAAGAUGGUCUUUGGGAAGUCGGGGGAUAUGAGGAUUGUGCUGCUGCUGAAUUGCUCCCCUUCACGAUGAAGAAGAUACGCACCGCCAAAAAGAAAUUGGGCGACUUAUGGCACAAUGCAUUCGAGUAG